AGCGACACCGUUGCUAGGUAGCUGUUUUGUGUCAGCAAGUCCUGAAGGAGGAGCUGCGAAGAAACUUGGCGUUAAGAAGAAGCCUUUAGAAGUUGAGAAUCAUUUCUUUCUCUUUUGAAUGGUCAAUUAUUUACUAGAAGGCGCCGGUUUAUUCCAAGAGGACUAGAGUGCGGCAAGUGUCUGAUUUUACCACAUUGCGAACGCAAACUUCAACCGUUCAUCCACCAACCACCCCUCUCACAGAGGGGUCUUGGUAUCGCCCAGGGACUCGCUCCGGCACUCACAGCAGACAACAGGAUCACAAUACACUGAUUUUAUUUUACAAUGUUUGAGCCAACGUCAGUUCUUAGCAGUAACGGAGUUACACACCGCAAGCACUGAAUGGUCCUGGAAACACGGUUGGAGGUCGAUGCAUUCAACAAGGAGGCCUCGGUGUCUAUAAAUGGCAGCUGUGUAGUCGGAAUGGGACGAGGAAAAGACCUGCACUGGAAUAAUAAAUAAGGCUUUCUACCCCCUUGUCCUACCCCAUCCUCCCUUUCUACCCUGGCAGCUGCAUAUAAGUCUUGGUAGUGCAGACCCCUGAGGAAACCUCCCCUUUGUAGCCUUUUCCAACCACUGCUACCUGCAUCGAAGCCCCUGCCCACUCAGACUCUUCUGCUUAUGCUGCCGAAGUGGGCCAUGGAGAUACUCAGAUGAUCCAUCGGGCUAUUCUGAACCACACUGUCCACGCAGCCAGGGACGGGGCAGAGUAACUAGUGCGAGUGUGAGAGGCCUUGGGGGUUGGGGGGUGGGGGUGCUGUGAGGACCUUGUGAGGCCCGCCCACCAAGCCUGGCAGAAACCUUGGCUUACCCCUUCUCUCCUUUAGCUCCUGAGAUGCCCUCCCCUCCUAAUGAUGGAGAGGAUCAAGGAGCGUCCCCCGUGAAUGGCCCAUCUGUGGGCUCCUACCAGAGCAGUGGAAAGAGGAAGGCACACACCAAAAAGAAGAAGAGCGCUAUAACUGCCAACGUCGCUGGCACCAAAUAUGAAAUAGUACGUAUAGCCAUCAGGGAGAUGGACUUCAUCAAAGCACGGGAUGUUGAUGAGACUACCAACCUCAUCUGGAAUGACUCAGCGGUGCAGCAUGAGAAAAUUGCUGAGCUCAGGAACUAUCAGAGAAUUAACCAUUUCCCUGGCAUGGGCGAAAUCUGCCGGAAAGACUGCCUCGCAAGAAACAUGUCCAAAAUGAUCAAGUGCCAGCCUCAGGAGUACAGCUUCAUACCCAAAACCUGGAUCUUCCCAGCCGAGUACACUCAGUUCCAGAACUAUGUCAAAGAGCUGCGCAGGAAACGCAAGCAGAAGACCUUUAUUGUCAAACCUGCCAAUGGAGCCAUGGGUCAUGGGAUCUCGCUUAUCCGCAACUGUGAGAAGCUGCCGGCCCAGGAGCACUUUAUCGUUCAGGAGUACUUGGACAAGCCUUUCCUGAUGGAGGGCUACAAGUUUGACCUGCGCAUCUACAUCCUGGUCACUUCCUGUGACCCGCUUCGCAUAUUCCUGUACAAUGACGGCCUGGUUCGCAUGGGUACCGAGAAGUACCACUCGCCCAAUGAGGCCAACCUGAGCCAGCUUUACAUGCAUCUGACAAACUACUCUGUCAACAAACACAAUGAGAACUUUGAGCGAGAUGAGACGAUGGACAAAGGCAGCAAGAGGUCCAUCAGUUGGUUCACCGAGUUCCUCCGCAUCAACGACUAUGACGUGGCCAAGUUGUGGGGAGACAUCUCAGAAUUGGUGGUGAAAACGUUGAUAGUGGCCGAGCCCCAUGUGCUGCACGCCUACCGCAUGUGCCGCCCCGGUCAGCCACCAGGGAGCGACAGUGUUUGCUUUGAGGUCCUGGGCUUUGACAUCAUCCUGGACCGCAAACUCAAACCCUGGCUGCUGGAGAUCAAUCGAGCUCCGAGCUUUGGGACUGAUCAGAAGAUCGAUUACGAUGUGAAGAAAGGGGUGCUGCUCAAUGCUUUCAAACUCCUCAACAUCAGGGCCAGUGAUAAGAAAAGAAACCUGGCUCAGGAGAAAGCGGAAGCUCAGAGACGGCUUUAUGGACAUGGCUCCAUGAAAAAACUUUCAGCAGCUUCCUCGAACUGGGAGAAACAACGUCACACGCUGGAACGAAGGAAAGAGGAACUGAAAGAGCGACUUGCACAGGUUCGCAAGCAGGUUUUCAAGGAAGAACAUGAAAAUCAACAUCUGGGGAAUUACAGACGUAUUUACCCCCCAGACGACAAGCUGCUGUUGGAAAAGUAUGAAAGCCUGCUCUCGGCCGCCUUUCAGACCUUCCUCGCCGGGCGAGCUGCCUCACUUCAAAAGGAAAUGAAUAAUCCUCUGAAACGAAUGAAGGAAGAAGAUAUACUGGAUCUGCUGGAACAAUGUGAGCUGGAUGACGAGAAGCUGAUGGGCAAAUCCUCCAGGCAACGAGGCCCAAAGCCCUUGACUGCCAUGCCGGAAUGUAGCCAGAUGCCAAAACGCCAACGACCAGACUACCUGGCUGACUUUACCAGCAGCAGCAGCGCGGAUAAUUCAUGCUCCUCGUCAGAUGAAGAGGACGAGGGGAGGAAAGCAGGAGAAGGAAGAAGCAGAGAAAAGAGAGGCGAGAAGAAGGUUUCCUAUGACCUCAGCGAGAGCAAGGAGAAAAACGUGGCUGAGCGUUCAGGUCGCAUGCACUGGAAACCUCCAAUCAAGACUCUCAAAACCAGCACUGCUCCUUCUGUGUCCCCAACCCUUUCUGGUCCAAUCAGACGUUCUAUCUCUUGCCCUCGCUCCAUUGCCUCACUCUCGUCACCCAGUGAGAUGCGAGCAUUGUCCAUAAGACCAUGUCCGGUGGUUUCGUUGGUAACACCUCUCACCAGGCCGAGCUCCGCCACGCUUCGCUCUCAUUCGCUAAGCCGUAGUGGCUCCACUCACCGUGUGCCUCACAGCAGCAGCCUGGGGACCAUCCACUCUAAUAUAGGUGACCCGCUGAUAAACCUGAGGAGUAAGGAGCAAGAGGAUGAACUGGUGCAUCAAACCCUGUCAGCACUCACCGCCAUGCGGAUCAGGUUUCCUGGGAAAACCGAAGAAGAGGCCGAGGCAGUGCUAGAUGAGAUUCUCGACAACUGGAAAUACCAUAAAUCAAAGGUGGCAUCUUAUUGGUUGGUGAAGCUGGACUCGACCAAACAGCGUAAGGUGUUGGACAUCGUUCGUACAAACGUCCGCUCAGCCCUGCAGCGGAUCUGGAGGGAGCCAGAUGUGGAGAGCCUGCACCUCUAUCGGCUUUUCAAUCGCAUCUUCAACCGAUUGUUGUGGAGUCAUGGCCAAGGCCUUUGGAACUGCUUCUCCAACACCGGCUCGUCAUGGGAGACCAUCUUCAGCAAGAGCAGCGAGGUGGUGUCCCCCCAGGAGCUGCAGUGCUGUCGGCGACUUGUCCAGCUGUGCCGGGACUGCCUGUUGGUCGUUUACAAGUUUGUCUCAGAAUCACGUGGCUCUUUGAUGGGACUCGGUCCUGAAUGGGAUGACACAAGCUUUCCAUUUGCUGCUGGACCAACCUCCACCCAUGGCUCCCCUCCUGCUGCUGUCGCUGCUGCUUCCUCUACCUCCUCUUCUUCCGUCUCUUCGCCCCUCAGCUCAGGUACUGGAACGCUGUUAGCAGGAGCUGCCUCACUGCUCUGUCUCGGUGGAAGGUGUCAUAGAAAAGUCUUAGAAAGGUACCUGCUGCCAGUGACCUCCCAGUUCAUCAUGAAGUGGCCUUCGUCCAGCUUUGGCCGCGUCUCCUCGGCCAUGCCACGCUCCCGCAGCCUUUUCGCCGCCAGGAUGGACCACCUCUGAGGUCAUCGUGGCAAGCCUGGCUGCCAAAACCUCGCCUUUUGACCUCAGCCUCCUCCCCACCUCCCACCUCUUCCAUGACUCUUACCCAAGCCAAACUCAGAUCGUAGUAAUCCCAGUAUGGAUGUGAAUUCAAGGCAGCUCUGGACACUGGGUGGGGCCUCAACCCAUCCCAAUCGCCCUGUGGAAGAUCAACAAAGAAAUGCUGGGCCACUCGGGAUUACUGUAAUUUAGUUUAUCUUGUUCAGACCAGCUAACCAUUCCUUCCAUCCCUCCCUCCAGCACCAGUAAUACCAGAGGGUGGCUUUACUUCUCUGUCUUCAUUGUAACAGCUGUAUUAUAUUUCACUGUACAGUUUCAAGUCAUGGUACUGUAAAAUAAAGAUUUAACAAUGAAUAAACAA